AUGUGCAGUCAGUGUACCGCAAAUUCCUUGGAAAGAGAUAAGCAAAAAGAUAUGCAGUCUUUCCUAACCUGGUUCCAAGAAAAUCUGGUCCAGACUUUGGAGACUAUUAAGGAGUCUAAAAAGGUGGAAUCCCCGAUACAACAAAGGAUCAAGAAAAGAAGAAGGUCGCCGUCUGUAUCUGAAAGCUCAUCUGGGGAAUAUAUUUCCUCGAUUGAUUCAGAUGAUUCAGGAUCCUCUUCAAGUGAACCGGUUGGGUUUCCUUCAGAUGAAAUUCGAAAAUUUAUAAAGGAAGUAAACCUAACAAUCCUACCUUAG